UGGCCAUGGUCGACGCCCUGAUGACGGCCUACAUGGUGGAGAUGGUCAGCAUCGAGAAGGUGGUGGCCAGCGUCAAGCGCUUCUCCACCUUCAGCGCCUCCAAGGAGCUGCCCUACGACCUUGAGGACGCCAUGGUCUUCUGGAUCAACAAGGUGAAUCUGAAGAUGCGUGAGAUCACCGAGAAGGAAGUGAGGCUCAAGCAGCAGCUGUUGGAGAGCCCAGCUCACCAGAAGUCUCCCUCCAAGUGGUACUGGAAGCUGGUGCCUGUCCGCUAUCGGCGAGAGCACCCGUCUAGUCGGCACUUACCCCACUUCCCGCUGCUGGAGGAUCUGAUGAAGGACGGCAGUGAUGGUGCGGCCCUCCUCACGGUGGUCCACUACUACUGCCCCGAGCACAUGAGGCUGGACGGUGAGUCCUCACGGUGGUCCACUACUACACUACUGCCCCGAGCACGUGAGGCUGGAUGUGAGUGGGGAGCCCGGCCCUGUCCUAGCGCUCUGCCCCGUAGGCAGUGCCCCCCCAACACGGCUCUGCCUGUGCAGCCAAACCUCAUGGUGUUCAUCGCGGAGCUCUUCUGGUGGUUUGAGAACGUCAAGCCCGACUUCGUGCAGCCCAGGGACGUGCAGGAGCCAAGGGACGCUAAAGCCAUGUUGCACCCCAAGAGCAGCCGGGCCCCCGUGCCCAUCUCCAACGCCACCAAGCGCAGCUUUAUGGCCAGCCCGGCUCCCCCGAGCCCAGCUGACCCACCGCCACCCACUGAGGCCUGCGCCCGGGCCCACCUGCACUCUGAGGACCCUGAGUGUCUUGGAAGAGGGACGUCGACCUUCAGUCCGUCUCACCCGCUGCUGCCACUGAGGCAGAGGCAGCAGAAGACCCUGCAGGGGGAGGACGGCCCGGAUCAGAGACACCGGUCCAACUCCCUGACAAGAGCUGAUGGGCAACCUCGCACUGUGGCCAUGGCGUGGUCCGAGAGGAAGGCCAGACCCGUCUCUCAGCCUGCUCCCUUUGCCCUUCAUUAUUCGGUCAGCGGUGAUGGGGACCUGGGCUCUGGAGACAGUGUCAGCCUGGCUCGCUCCAUCAGCAAAGACAGCCUUGCGUCCAACAUCAUCAGUCUCACACCCCAGAACCAGCCCCACCCCCCCACGGCCACCGCCACCACCAAGACCAACGGGAAGAGCCUGCUGAGCCACGUCAACAUGGAGGACGACGACGAGGAGCUGGUGGCCGUCCUCCGGACAGAGGCCGCCGCCCUCGGGACCGAUGUGCCAGGACCAGGCACCCCCCAGCGGGCCUCGCCCCGAGCUCCGGACGCCACCAGCAGGCCUGACAGUUUCUUCUUGGAGCCGCUGAUGCCGGCCGUGCUCAGGCCAACGAAGGAGAAGCAGGCCGUCACCAAGGAGGAUGAGCGGGGGGAGGGGCGGCCCCGCGGCCUCUUUGCCAAGCGGCCCAGUGAGGGCCACCAGCCUGUGGCCCGCAGGAAAGCCGCCAGCAGUCAUGGUGGCCGGGACCUGAACCGGACUUUCACCCCCAUUUCCUCCUCCGAGGCCGCGGCAGGCGCGAAUGCUGAGCUCUCCGAGGCGGGAGUACUGUCGGCAGGCGCUUCGGGCGAGGUGUGUGGCCGGCCUGCGGCCAGCGGAGGCCCCCACUCCCUUCCUCAGGAGCAGGCGGCUGACGGCUUCUUCCUGCACGUUGCCAGGGCCGUGGAGGAGCCUGAGGGCAGCCCGGGUGUGCUGUGCUCGCCAGACUCCGAGCCGUGGACGAUCCUGCGGCAGGACUCCGACUCCGACCUGGAGCACGGUGCCGGCGAGGAGGAGUCGGCGAAGCUGCAGGAGGACCUGCAGGUGAGGGAGCACGAGGACAAGGACGAUGCCAGCGGCCGCUCCAGCCCCUGCCUCAGCUCCGUCUCGCAGCUCAGCGGCCUGUCUGUGGCCAGCGGGAGCGUGAGAAUGACCAGCUUUGCCGAGAGGAAGUUCCAGAGGCUCAACAGCUACGAGACCAAGUCCAGCACCAGCAGCUCCCAGAAGACCACGCCCGACGCGUCCGAGAGCGGCCCCGCGCCCCUGACCAGCUGGAGGCAGAAGCGGGAGCAGAGCCCGAGCGGGCAGGGCCGGGACCACGCCAGCCUGCUGGCCUCGGAGCUGGCGCAGCUGCACAUGCAGCUGGAGGAGAAGCGGCGGGCCAUCGAGGCCCAGAAGAAGAAGAUGGAGGCGCUGUCGGCCCGGCAGCGCCUGAAGCUGGGGAAGGCCGCCUUCCUGCACGUCGUGAGGAAGGGCAAGGCCGACGGCGGCCCCCAGCCCCUCCGGCCCGAGCACGGGGCCAGGGAGCACGUGCCCCACAACGGGGAGGCAGCCGGGGAGGCCGGGCCGGGCACAGACGGGCUGUUCUCUGAGACCCGGCUGCGGAAGGAGGGCAAGGUACUGGAGGAGGGCCUGGGCGAGGUGCUGGACAUCAGCGAGGGUGACCUGUCCAUUGAGAAGCUCAGCGAGACCAUCAGCACGCUGCAGCAGGCCAUCCUGAAGAUCUCCCAGCAGCAGGAGCAGCUGCUCACUAAGCCCCCUGCCCUGCCCGCGCUGGCACCCAAGAAUGGCGCCCCAGACCACAAGGGGAAGGUGGCCAUCCACUUCCCCGAGCCGCUGUCCCCCCCGGGCAUGACUGCACACCGCAAGCCUCCACGCCUAGGCCAGGCACGGAGCUCCCGGGCGGGACGGCCCACGGAGCUGAAGGUGCCCAGGGAGCGGCUGCAGGGCACCUCCCGGGGCAAGACCCCGACGCCCAGUGCUGAGGGCCCCGCACACCUGCGGUCAGCACCCGUGGGCAGCCACGCCAGGACACCCCCUGAUCCGGGCCAGGACGGCGCUGGUGCUGACGGGUGUGAGCCCCCCGACACGCUGCGUUUCGACCCACACAGACUGCACGACGCCAACAACCAGCGUGUGCCCAGGGACCCCAACGUCCUGGCCGAGGCACUGGCCGAGCUCCCAGUGAAGGGGACUGGCCUCGGGGAGGAGCCGCCACGUGGCAGGGCCAGCCUCAUCCAAGUGGACCUCUCUGACCUCAAGACGCCCGACGGGGACGGGGAAGUCCACGAUGGCUCUGGCGGCCUGGCUGGCGACAGUGACCAGAAGCUUGGGCUUGGCUUCUUCUUCAAGGAUGAGCAGAAGGCGGAGGACGAGCUGGCUAGGAAGCGGGCGGCCUUCCUCCUGAAGCAGCAGCGCAAGGCCGAGGAGGCGCGGGCACGGAAGCAGCAGCUGGAGGCCGAGGGGGAGCUCAAGCGGGACGAAGCCCGGCGCAAAGCGGAGGAAGACCGGAUCCGGAAGGAGGAGGAGAAGGCACGGCGUGAGCUCAUCAAGCAGGAGUACCUGCGCCGGAAGCAGCAGCAGGCAGCCCUGGAGGAGCAGGGCCUGGGCAAGCCCAAGGCCAGGCCCAGGAAGCCGCGGCCCAAGUCUGCCCACCGAGAGGAGUCCUGCAGCGACUCGGGCGCCCAGGGAUCCUCCACGCCCGACAACCUGAGCCGUGCCCAGUCGGGAUCCAGCCUGUCCUUGGCGUCGGCUGCCACGACCGAGCCGGAGAGCGUCCACUCAGGAGGCACACCAUCCCAGCGAGUGGAGUCGCUGGAAGCCCUGCCCACGCUGAGCCGGAACCCAAGUAGGAGCACGGACCGAGACUGGGAGACGGCGUCCGCCGCAUCCUCCCUCGCCUCCGUGGCCGAGUACACAGGUCCCAAGCUCUUCAAAGAGCCCAGCAGCAAGUCGAACAAGCCCAUCAUCCACAACGCCAUCUCGCACUGCUGCCUGGCCGGGAAGGUCAACGAGCCACACAAGAACUCCAUCCUGGAGGAGCUAGAAAAGUGUGACGCCAACCACUACAUCAUCCUGUUCCGAGAUGCGGGCUGCCAGUUCCGGGCCCUCUACUGCUACUACCCCGACACCGAGGAGAUGGACAAGCUGACCGGUACGGGGCCCAAGAGCGUCACCAGGAAGAUGGUCGACAAGCUGUACAAGUACAGCUCAGACCGCAAGCAGUUCACUCUGAUCCCGGCCAAGACCAUGUCUGUCAGUGUGGACGCGCUCACCAUCCACAACCACCUGUGGCAACCCAAGCGGCCGGCCGCGCCCAAGAAGACACAGACCCGCAAGUAAGCCCGCAGGGCGCAGCACAGCGCAGGCGGCUUCAUGCCGGGAGUGGCCCUCCUCGUACAGCACGAGGAGCAGGAGUGUGGGCCGGGCAGCUGCAGGCUCUGGGCUCUGGGGCAGGGGUGUCCUUGUACUUGACGUUCCCCCAGCAUCGGUGACACAGCACAGUUACUUCGUGGGCCUCCCCUCCCCCGGCGCAGGGGUGCUGGCUGGUGCGGAGCCUGACCCUGGGCCAGGCGUCUGGACGUCUCUCGGGGUACCCUCCCCCAGGCCCGCCACGAGAGUGUGACUGUGUCUGCUGCCCCGCUUGCCUGCAGCACUCUACAGGGCCGGAAGGUGCUCGCUCUUUGCUGCUGGAAAGUCACCGGCUGGACUCCCAAGCGAGGGUUCCCAAGCGCCGGGCCCUCGGGGCUGCUGUGGUGUUGGGCACACCACGUGUCCACCGACAGCCCGAGGCCGGUGGCAGGUACGAGGAGGAGCUGCGCCCCUGCCUGGUGGGCUUCCUGACGGUGGACUGUUCUGCUCUCCGCAUGCCCCUCCUGUGAGCCGGUGCACCGCGGUGCUGGGCCCUCCUGUUGUUAGCGUGUGCUUACUGGCUGCCGGGCCCCUCUGCUGCCAGGGCGCCACGCUGUUUGGUUGUAUAUUUACAGGCGGUCACGGAGCUGCCGGCUGGCCAUGGGGUGGCACUGCAUCCUUUGGUGUCGGUCGGCCGUGCGUGUGGUUGCUGAGUGUGUGCAGACAGACCCCUCCUGGGCGCCCAGCCUGGCACAGGGUUGUGGGGGACGGGCCCGGCGUGUGUGCCGGGGAGGGUUCUGGAGUCACGCCCAUUGGCAUGCUCUCUUGGAAGUGUUACUUGAACCUGCCCCGCCCUUCAGAGAAGGCGGAGCCACCCACCAGCAGUGAUGGCGCGGGAGGGAGGUGGGUGCAGCGGCCGAGUACACUGCGUGCUGUGCUGGACCUGGGCCCUGGCCAGUGACCAGUGAUCGCUCGCACGUGUCCUGGGUUUCUCCCUGUUCGUGCGGUCCAGAGUCUCCCCAUAUUUAUUUUAAGGAAGCACUCCAAGGUAAUAAAGUCGUUGACUGAUUUGCUUUCUAUGA